UUCCGUAUAUAAUCGCUAACAUUCGUACUCAAUCUCGCGAAACGCGUCAUUUAUCGAACAAUGGCCGCCGUUCUAGGACGUGUUUUCGUGUACGGUGGCAAGGGGGCCCUCGGCUCCGUUUGCGUUUCCCAAUUUAAAUCGCAUAACUGGUGGGUAGGAUCUAUCGAUAUGAAAGAGAAUGAAAAUGCUGAUGCGAAUAUUCUUGUUCAAUCAGAUCACAGUUGGAACGAGCAGGAACAGGAUAUCUUGAAUAAAGUUAAAGAUAUCCUUAAAGGCGAUAAACUCGACGGAAUUAUUUGCGUUGCUGGGGGAUGGGCAGGUGGUAAUGCAGCAAAUAAGGAUUUUGUAAAAAAUGCUGAUUUAAUGUGGAAACAGAGUGUUUGGAGUUCAGUUAUUGCAGCCCGUAUUGCUGCUCAGCAUCUUAAAGAGGAAGGUUUUCUUUCACUGACUGGUGCUAAGGCUGCUCUAGAAGCAACUCCAGGAAUGAUUGGAUAUGGUAUGGCUAAGGCUGCGGUUCACCAACUUACCAAAUCUUUGGCUGCGAAAGGAAGUGGCCUUCCAUCUGGUUCUUUAGUUGCAUCAAUUUUACCUAUCAGUUUGGAUACCCCAAUGAACCGCAAGUGGAUGCCAGAUGCAGACACAAGCAAAUGGACUCCUCUAGAAUUUAUUGCAGAACUCUUCUGGAAAUGGGCACAGAAACAAGAACGUCCAGAAAAUGGUAGUCUCAUUCAACUUGUUACGGAAGCUAAUAAAACGAAACUGAUUAAUGUAUAAAUAUGUGCAACGUAUGAAUCUUUGAAAGUAAUCUCAUAGUAGGUAUUACUCUCGUACAAGACAAUAUAAUUUAAACUUUCUGUUCUUACUCUCACUUUAUCUUAUCUUAUGAAUAUGAUUUAAAUAUUUUUCAGCAUCUAUUCCAUUUAAUUUCAAGAGAAUAUGUAAAUGUAUCCUAGGUUCCUUAACGAUAGUCUAUAAUUAAUAUAUAAUUUAAUUAAUAAUAAAUAAUCUAACAGGUAUAUAAAACAUCA